AUGUUGCAGUAUGCGCUGAAGCAUUGGGAUGCAAUUGAUGCAGUGACACAGUGUCGCGACUUGGGAUUGAGAGCCUUUGAGAUGACAGACAAUGAGUGGCGCAUUGUCGAGCAAUUGUGCAAUGUGUUGAAGAUCCUCAAGGACGCCACAUUGUUCUUUUCUCGGUCAACACAAAGCCUUGCAAUGGUGAUACCUGCGAUGGAUCUCAUUAACGAGACCCUUGCUACACAUAUGCUCAACAAUGCCCUCCUUCCCUCAAUUCGCGCUGCUGCUGGACUUGCCAAAAGAACAUUAAAUCGAUACUACCAGCUCACCGAUAGUUCAGAUGUUUACCGCAUUGCAAUGAUUCUCCACCCGCGACACAAAUUGUCUUAUUUUAAAUGUGCUAAGUGG